CGGCACACUCUCCCCCUUCACAACGCUUUGAUUGCGCUUACGCAACUUCAAUGCUUUUUGCUACUCAACGCGACUUGUCUCGCUCUGAACAUGAGCGACCAUCUUGACGCCUUCCCAACGAGACGCCUAGGGUCAGGCAGCUAGCUACACAAGAAGGCCUGCAGCCCUUCGGCUUCCUUGGUCCUUCACUCUACACUUCACGGCGAGCGGUACAACGUUGGCAAGCAGGGCGAUUCUCGGAUAGAGACAUCACAUCUUCGUAACAGUACCCACGCCUCGUACUGGCUCAGUGCUACCUGGCCCACGAUGACAUCGCCCGCUCGAUCUGGAGCGGCCAGCCUCGAUCGCUCGUCCGCCACAGACUCGCCAGGACGUCGGCGAUCGUCUUCUCAUCAGCAAUCGCGGCCGCGUCUGGCCUCAAUGCCCGUCACUUUGUGGGUUCACGAGCCACCCAACUUCUCUUCAAAUGAUGUAGUCAUUCACCCGGACGUCAUCGCACGCUUUGGGAGCGGGAGGUUGGGCCUGAGCGAGGGGGAGCUGUUGGAGGUGCGAUCUUUGGGAUCUAGAGGGGCAGACAAAACCAUUCGGGGCAAGCGAUUCGUCUUCAAGCCCAUCGACGCUUUGCCCGAUUCUGAAGUCCGCAGCAACACUCUGCAGCUGAGCCUAUCCAAGCCAAUCGCUCAACUGUACGGCCUUCACAAUCGCUCCGACGUCCUCUUGUCAAAGGUUCCAAGAGAUCCUCACACCAUCUCCCACUUGGAGCUCUAUUUUAGGGAUCAGUAUGUGGGCAGAGCGGAUAUGUGGAGAUUGGCAAACCAGCUUGAAGAUGCGUGCGUGUAUGUGGGUCAAAAGAUCACGCUGGCGGGCUGCGUGCGCGCUACGGUGGGCAGAAUAUUCAUCAAAGAGAAGAAGGUCACAUCGGGCUACAUCGCACCCCACACCCGCACGAUCUACAGAUCCGAAUCGGCAAAGUAUAAUCUGCUCAUCCAGCUAGCAAAAGAAAUGUGGGAAUUUGACGAGGAUGGAGAGCUCUACUAUGAAAAGGCGAUCUCGGGCUUCAUACCAGAAUUGGUGCGAAAGUGGAAGAUGGUGCCCACGAAUCACGUCGUCUCCGUCGUGCUUUUCGCUCGCGUUCAUUACGACGCCUCUGAAGUGCACAUGCUACAAGAUGCCGACCUACCCCUGCAAAAGGAAGAGGGAACAAAUGGACGAUGGUACAUUGACUAUUACAAGACCAUCGUGGACUUGGAAGGCAAUUGUGAAUGGAACAAGGUGCUGACGGAUCUGAAGGAGGAAUUUUUCAGGUUUCAACACGACAUACUGUUGCUUAUCAGGCCUGUUGCUGGGCCUGCUGGAGCACCCGGAGCGGAGGAUCCUCAGGCCGAUCUCCUACGUCGAGAUCGGGCGCUGCUAGCAGGCAGACUCAGCGCAUCUCACGAAGGAAACAUCCUGGAAGCCGUCAACCUGGCACUAAAUCCUGCCGACGCUCAUUUCGUCGAUCGGGAUUUGAUGAGGACAGGCUUCGACAUUGUCGUACUGACGGCUGGUACGGGCCACUUCAAAGUGAGCAAGAAGUUGUUGAGAUUGACGACUGAGAGGAUGAUCGACAGUGGCACGGGACUGGACUUGGUUUGCUUGACCAAGAUGCCGCUUCAUUCCGUGCCUUUGUUCCACUUCGAGAGCGCUAUUCCUGAUCAGUCUCAAACAUCCUGGCCCAACUCGGUCCCUGCACGCGGUAGAAGGGCUCGCAAGACGCCUUCGCUCGCUCCUUCCAGUGGACCGCCAGACCCGCUCUACUUUGAUCAGCGACAUGCAAGCAUUCACACGCACAGCUUCUCGACUGGCGUGGGACAGCAAGGCGCCGCUUCAACAAACCAGGCGAGCAUGGACUUCUACAGCAUCCCUCACUGGGUGGACUGCAGCUUCUACAAUCUGCAGCAGGACAAGCCUUUUCGAGCAGACAGGUUCGUGCCCAGGUGCAAAAUGCACGAGGUUCAAAUGAUGGGGAUCAUGGAGAAUGAGAUUAGUGAUAUUUGCUUGCCAUACUUGCAAUUGGGCGGAAAUGGACUUCAGCAGCUUGGCCCGCCUGUGGGGAUGGGCGAUGCAAGAAGAUCGAGCAUGAGUGGUCCCACGAGGAGUGUCAACAGCAGCGGAGCGGUCUCGAGCGCUGAGAGAGUGGGGACCACUGGAUCGCUACUGCCUACGCAAGGCGCUUCCAGCAGCGGUGCGCAACACAGCGAAGGAGCAAUGAGUGCCGAUCUCUCCCACCUACCUUCACGCGAAGUCAAGCGGAUCCUUCGAGAACGUUUUGAUGCGGAAACCAUGAGGGAUUUGGACAUUGCACCGAGCAAGGUCAGAUCUUCCAUGGUGCUCGCCUUCACAGGAAGGGCACCAUCGGGUUUGACGCCGAUGGGUUCCAGUCCUUCUAGAAGUCUUACGCGACAGAGGAGUGGAGAGAUGCUGGGCGUGGGUAAUCCCACAUCCGCUUCACCGGCCAAUCAAGGGCCAGCGGGACGCGUGGCUCGCGUGGGCAGGGACGCGCGCAGAGGAGCAACACUGCUAGAGGCGCAUGACGAACACCCUGACGAUUCGGCUCACGAAAGAGGUCCACCGAGUCGCAUCGAAGGACUCGACUCAGAAUCUCCCGGCUCGACCGCAAGCGCGAGAAACUCCAACUCAAUGAACGCUAGUACGGAGAGUCCGGCAAGGUCGACCUACAUGAGUAAAACGACGUCCAGGCCGACUUCUCUUAGAAGUGUGGCUACUUUUAACCGAGCAAUAAGGCCCCUAGAACCUGUCGGCAAAGCACCCGCUUGGGUCGCUCCCUCAGAUCCGGAUCAGAUGCACCUUGAAGACAUGGGACCAAUCACAGCCGCGCAGACUUUGCCUCCCUCCAGAAGCGCGUCCGCAGUGCUUUCCCAGCAGCAAGCGACUAGAAGCAAGUCGAGGUAUCGUCUGCCCACUCAUUGGCUGUGGUCUUCACUUAGAGGUGCUCAAACGGAGCAACGCGACCCUGCAUCCGCAGGAAGCGUAAGAAGCGCUUCCAGACCAGGCUCUUUGUUGUCGACGGAGCAGAAGGACGUGGAAACUUCUGCCAGCGCUUCACGACGAAUCGCGGCUUUGCUAGCUAGCUCGACCGUCAAAGGCUCCGACCAGGACAGAAAUUCCUCAAAGACCGACGCGGAUGCUGAUACAGACGUGCUGCAAGGGGACAAUUCUUUGAGCGAAGAACACGCGCAAAGCCCAAUUGCUAUCCCUUCUGGACAGCAUGGUGCGACCCGCGACGGACACAACACCACUUCGGGCCCUCCACUGACUCGUACAACAUCGACCGGGGCUGACUCGCGGCGAGAGCGAGAGAUAUAUGAGCAAGCUUUGGAGCAAGAAGUAGCGCGAACAAAUUACGCCCAGCAAGCGCAAGUGGAGAAGCAGACACUGGUCAAUCCUUCGAACCCACAAAAGAGCUUAUCUGCGAACAAAUCCUCGACGCAAUUGAUGCGGUGGCAGCAUCUGUUCCCGCGAAGACUCAACAGACACGCGGUCAAGUGGCGUAGCAUGACGAGUCCUGCAUGCUUGCCGCUGACUACGCUCUAUUUGCCCAGCGAGGUAGAUCUGGCCAAUCAAUGGCUUGAGUAUCCUUAUACGAUGUCCGUGGCGGCAGACACCUCGAGCUUCAUGGUCAAGCAUAACCCGUCGACCUAUCCGGCACUGGCGGUCUUGAAGGAAAUGUCUUCUCAGAGACUAGCUCAGGGAUUUCAGUUUAUAGUACCUGUCAAUGCAGAGGGACAUGGCAGCAGCGCAGGACGAAGUAUCAAUGCGUCUGGCGGCCGUUCCGCUUCGGCUUCGCUCAGACAACCAUCGGAACUGUUUCAACCUGGCAAUCUAGUCGCGGGAAAUCCGAUCUUCCUAGGCAUGCCCAAUCAGAUACAUAGGAUAUCUUACGACAGAUCGAUGAGCGCCAUCCACGUCAAACGCUAUGUCAGGAAAAUUGAGCACGAUGCUUCACCCAUGGAUUACGCAUGUUGUAUUUGGCCACGCGAUGUGCCAUGUUAUCAGACGGUCAAAACUACUUUUCACUAUCCCGACUUUGGAGCUUACAAUUGGACCUACUUGGAUCAGAUCAUCUCGGGUCAUGCAGAGGAGGAAAAGUUCAUCGAUGGGUUGAGGUAUUGGAGAGCCAGAUUCGUCGUGGUUCCCACUGAAGGUCCGGCGCCUACAAUGAGGGCAGCUUCAGGAGAGCAACUGGACGAUGAGGAAGUCAGACUGAUGGGCAUCGAUCGACUAGCUGACCUAUUUGCUCGUGCAAAGUUGAAGACGAUCAACAGAGCUUCAGGAAGGGAAGAGAGGAGCUAUUCGAGGUUGAGGUUCAUUCCUACCAGUCUGGAUCCUUCGGCAAGCUUCAAUGAUGAGCAGUUCAUGAAACAAAUGCUGGCUGCUGUAGCUGAAGAUGAUCAGAGUUUGCAAGAGAACGAAGCCAAGAAGCAGAGGAACAGCUCCGCAACUAGCAGCACAUCCAGAUCCAGAAAGAAGAUCCUGGGCAAUAUGGACCUGAGAAGUCUAGCGACAGAGAUGAGGCACGAGACGGAGAGGAAAUUGAUACAUGAUAGGUACUGGCAGGCCAUCCUGUACAAAGACUCCUUCACUGGUGCAGACUUUGUGACGUGGCUCUGUCGUAAUUUCCAGGAUGUGAAAACCAGAGAAGAGGCGAGCAAUGCCGGGAGCAGGCUGUUGAGAGAAGGUCUAUUCGAGCAUGUCAACAGAGCGCAUGGGUUCUUGGACGGCCACUACUUUUAUCGCUUGCGACCAGAGUACACUGCAAGCAGGGGCAGCAAAUGGUUCGCUGCCUCAUCGCGAGAGGGCUCGGAUGAAAGCCAAGGCUUGUCCGCAAGGGACAGUCGAGGAUCAUCAGGCCACUUCAGCAACCUCAGGACCCUAACCUCAGAAAGAGGUCGCCAUCACCGUGGAUCUAGCUCAACGGCCUCCAUUGGUCAACCUGUCAGCCUAGGCCGCAAGCUGGUCAAAUUGAGUCGCACGCACAUCAUAGACUUGGACUCUCAACGCAAGAGCGAUCGGGCAGAAGUGGCCUUCUUGCAUCACGACAUCGCCCACAACCCAGCGAAUGGUUUCAAUUGCCAAAUUCACUGGUUGGGUACUACUGCUAGAUUCAUCGAAGAUACUGUUCAGACCUGGACAAGGACGGUGGAGCGGUAUGGUCUGAAGCUGAUCGAAGCACCGAUCGGACAAAUUGCCGACGUCUCCUCGCGCAACCCAUUUCAAGCUCCAGCUCAAAUCUUCCUGGCUUUGCAGCCUCCUCACUCGUCCCUCUACUCUUUCAUGUUAUCUCCCUUCUCGCACGCGGAGCACUACUUCGAAUGGGCGCUUCUGCGACGCUUCGGCUUUAUUCUGGAUCAAGAAGCCAGCGAUAGAUUUCCCGACGAUGUGGAUUUCGUCUACGAUUCGAGACCCAAGCAUUUCACCUACAGCCAAUUUGUUCAUAGGUCCGGCGUAGCUUUCGUCCAGGUGCUCGGAGGAGCAGAGGGCUUCUUGUGGCUCAACAAUCGGCUCUUCAACUCGCACGCGGCUGCCAGCAGCAAUCAAAGCAGAGGUCGGCAAGAAAGGGAUGGACCAGGUAAGGUCGGAUCAAACCGCGAGAACUCUGCAGCGGGCACCGCAAAUACGCCCGAUGCCGACUCUGUGAGAAGAGACUUUGAAGCAUUCUGCGCAGACUCGUUUGCGCUCGAAAUGUUCUACCGAAGCACCAUCGCUCACCUGAGCGCCGCGGCGGGAGGCAAUCCCCCUUUCUCCGGUUCGCUAGAUUCGCAAAUGGGCGCCAAAGUGGAGGCUUUAGCUCACAGGGGCUCAUCUCAAAGAGCACCGGAUAAGACUUCAGCUUCUUCUUCCUCUUUGAACAUUCAGAGAGAUGCCAACAGCGCACCACGUAGCGAAGCAACAUUCCCGGGCGUUCAGAACGCGCACAGUGCUACAAAUCUCGAGCCCGUACUCGAGGGUCGUACAUCAUCUCGGACCCGCGCAGACGUGUGACUGAAGCGCGGCGAUAAGAGUCACAGCAAAAAGGUGCUAGCACUUCCUUGUACAUUAUUUGUUUGCUCCAAAGUCAUGCAUGCACUUCUUGCGCCCUGCGCCUUCCCCUUACUUGAAUUCAUCCCUGCCCAACGCCAAUUUGAGCGCUUCGAUAGCCACGCUGAAAUCCCUGUCCUUGAACGUUUCGUUGUCUCCCAGAGCGGAGUAGAUGCUAGCAGUGAGCUGACCGAGCGGCACCGGCACGCCUCGUUGCUGAGCAGCCGACAUUGCCAAGCGCAAGUCUUUGGCUUGUAGUCUUAAGAGACGCAAUGCAAAUUGUCAAGGUGUUGAGAGUAAUCUUGUCAGCUUGAUCAAGAGACAUCGCAUCAGAUGGACGCCUUACCGAGUUGCGAAACCGCCUUCGUAGUUGCGAUCUGCUGGUGGACUGUUCUUCGUUCCGCUGAGAGCUCCAGGUUCGGGAUUAUUGAUUUCGGACGCCCAGCAUCUUCCGGUACU